AUGGACAAUUCCCAAUUCGUGGCUCAACAUUACAGGGAUGAUAACAAAUUUCACAUCCUGUUGGCAGCCUCGGGCUCUGUUGCCACCAUCAAACUGCCCAAUAUAACGGCGGCGCUAUGUCAGAAUGAAAACGUUUCCGUCCGCAUCAUAGUCACAGAGGCCUCAGAGCAGUUCCUCAUGAACCAGAGCUCAGAGCAACCAAUUCUUGACUCUCUGCGCCAAAUAGAGGGCGUGGAUGGGAUAUAUCGUGACCAAGAUGAAUGGUCCCCGCCAUGGACGCGCGGGGGCCCGGUCUUGCACAUUGAACUUCGUAAAUGGGCCCAUCUUCUUCUGAUCGCUCCAAUGUCAGCAAACACCAUGGCAAAGAUGACCAACGGGUUUGCGGACAACCUGCUCCUAUCAACCAUCAGGGCCUGGGAUACGACGGGGCUGGUAGACAAGGACUUCAAAAGUCGGACACCCAGGAUCUUCGUAGCCCCAAGUAUGAACACGGCAAUGAUGAUCCACCCGGUGACCGAGAAACAGCUCAAAGUGCUACGCGAUGAAUGGGGCUGGAGUGAAUCAAACCCACAGGGCUGGGUGACGGUGCUGCCGCCAAUUGAGAAGAACCUAGCCUGUGGCGACGUGGGGAGCGGAGGCAUGAUGGAGUGGAAGGACAUUGUCACCGCCAUCGAAAGUUAUAUGAAGUCGGUGCAGAAGCCAUAA